AUGUCGGAGAGCGAUCAGCGCCGUCUUCUGGGGACGUCGGUGGAUGACGUGGAAGCUCGAGGGUCGGAAUUGGUCGUCGUCAAUGGCGGAAACAGCAGUAACAACAAAGGUUUGAGGGAUUUGUUAAGGUUGUCGGGUCACCGACCGAGUUUCAAGCGCAUUGAGAAAGAAGAAGAUAGAGACAGGGAUAGAGAUAGAGAUAGAAGGGAUCACGAUCGGCUUCACCACGAUGUGGAUCUUGACUCCUCUGUUGAUGUGCUUGGCGACAGUGCACCUCCUGAAUGGGCGUUGCUUCUCAUUGGUUGCCUCAUUGGACUCACCACUGGCCUCUUUGUUGCCUUUUUCAAUAAAGGGGUGCAUAUAAUACAUGAAUGGGUAUGGGCUGGUACUCCAAUUGAGGGUGCUGCCUGGCUUCGUAUUCAGAGAUUGGCUGAUACAUGGCAUCGAAUCCUUUUAAUACCUGUCACUGGAGGAGUCAUUGUCGGCAUGAUGUGUGGUUUACUGGAAAUACUGGACCAAAUAAAGCAGUCCACUCCCUCUCAAACACAAGGUUUUGAUUUUCUUGCAGGAAUCUUUCCAACAAUAAAGGCUAUUCAGGCUGCAGUUACUUUAGGUACUGGCUGUUCAUUGGGUCCUGAAGGUCCUAGUGUUGAUAUUGGGAAGUCAUGUGCCAACGGGUUCUCACUAAUGAUGGAACACAACAGAGAACGGAAAAUAGCACUUGUUGCAGCUGGUGCAGCGGCUGGAAUUUCUUCAGGUAGCUGCCAAUAUUAG